GUUUCCGUUCCAGGUUUCUAGCACGGGCUCAUCCAUCGACCAGGUCGCGCCAGCCACAGGCCUGCUGCCAUGUCGAAGCUGAAGAGCUCCGAGUCUGUGCGGGUGGUGGUGCGGUGUCGGCCGAUGAACAGCAAGGAGAAGACGGCUUCGUAUGAGAGAGUCGUUAACGUGGAUGUCAAGUUAGGGCAGGUCUCCGUGAAGAACCCGCGGGGAUCAUCUCACGAACUGCCUAAAACUUUCACCUUUGAUGCUGUGUACGACUGGAAUUCCAAGCAGGUGGAACUCUACGAUGAGACCUUCAGACCUCUCGUGGACUCUGUUCUGCAAGGGUUUAAUGGGACAAUCUUUGCCUAUGGGCAGACUGGGACAGGGAAGACGUAUACGAUGGAAGGGGUGCGUGGUGAUCCUGAGAAAAGAGGGGUCAUCCCCAAUUCGUUCGAUCACAUCUUCACCCACAUCUCUAGAUCCCAAAAUCAGCAAUACCUAGUUAGAGCUUCUUAUUUGGAAAUAUACCAAGAAGAAAUCAGAGACUUGUUAUCAAAGGAUCAGUCCAAGCGGCUGGAGCUGAAGGAGAGACCAGACACGGGUGUGUACGUUAAGGAUUUGUCCUCCUUCGUCACGAAAAGCGUCAAAGAGAUAGAGCACGUCAUGAACGUGGGAAACCAAAACCGCUCAGUCGGGGCCACCAACAUGAACGAACACAGCUCUCGAUCUCAUGCCAUUUUUGUGAUCACUAUUGAGUGCAGCGAGCUGGGGCUGGACGGAGAGAACCACAUCCGUGUUGGGAAGCUCAACCUGGUAGACCUGGCGGGCAGCGAGCGGCAAGCGAAGACUGGAGCGCAGGGGGAGAGGUUAAAGGAAGCGACUAAAAUCAAUCUCUCCCUUUCAGCUUUGGGCAACGUUAUCUCUGCCUUGGUGGAUGGCAAAAGCACACACAUUCCGUACCGGGACUCAAAGCUGACCCGGUUACUUCAAGACUCAUUAGGUGGCAAUGCCAAAACUGUGAUGGUGGCCAACAUAGGCCCUGCCUCUUACAACGUGGAGGAGACUCUGACAACACUGAGAUACGCCAACCGUGCCAAAAACAUCAAGAACAAGCCACGAGUGAAUGAGGAUCCUAAGGAUGCUCUGCUACGAGAGUUCCAGGAAGAGAUUGCUCGGCUCAAGGCGCAGUUGGAAAAACGGUCUAUUGGCAAAAGAAAGAGGAGGGAAAGGAGGAGAGAUGGUGGGGAAGAGGAGGAGGACACUGAAGAGGGUGAGGAUGAAGGAGACGAUAAAGAUGACUAUUGGAGGGAGCAACAAGAAAAGCUGGAGAUUGAGAAGAAAGCGAUAGUUGAGGAUCACAGCUUGGUAGCAGAAGAAAAGAUGAGACUGCUGAAAGAGAAGGAGAAGAAAAUGGAGGACCUGAGGCGAGAGAAGGAAGCAACAGAGAUGCUGAGUGCUAAAAUCAAGGCAAUGGAAAGCAAGCUUCUGGUGGGAGGGAAGAAUAUUGUGGAUCACACGAACGAACAGCAGAAAAUCCUGGAACAGAAACGACAGGAAAUUGCAGAACAGAAACGUCGGGAGCGAGAGAUCCAGCAACAGAUGGAAAGUCGGGACGAGGAAACACUAGAGCUGAAGGAGACCUAUAGUUCUCUUCAGCAAGAGGUGGACAUAAAGACCAAAAAACUCAAAAAGUUGUUUUCCAAGCUGCAAGCUGUGAAGGCAGAGAUCCAUGAUCUCCAAGAAGAGCACAUCAAGGAGCGCCAGGAACUGGAACAGACCCAGAAUGAACUUACCAGGGAACUAAAGCUGAAGCACCUGAUCAUUGAAAAUUUUAUUCCCUUGGAAGAAAAGAAUAAGAUCAUGAACAGAUCAUUCUUUGAUGAAGAGGAAGACCAGUGGAAACUGCAUCCCAUAACCCGUCUGGAUAACCAGCAGAUGAUGAAGAGACCAGUCUCUGCUGUAGGAUACAAAAGGCCCCUGAGCCAACAUGCCAGGACGUCCAUGAUGAUCCGUCCGGAGGCUCGGUACAGGGCAGAGAAUAUCGUAUUACUGGAGCUCGACAUGCCCAGCCGAACGACGAGAGACUACGAAGGUCCAGCCAUUGCUCCCAAAGUUCAGGCGGCUCUAGAAGCAGCUCUGCAGGACGAAGACGAGAUACAGGUGGACGCUUCAACCUUUGAGAGCACUUCAAACAAAAAAUCUAAACCCAGGCCUAAAACUGGAAGGAAAUCAGGGGGAUCCUCUUCAGCAGGCACCCAUAGUUCUCAGCUCUACCCUCAGUCCCGAGGGCUGGUUCCAAAGUAAAACCAGCAGCUCCUCUCCAGGGCGCCAACAGCCUUUGCCUUCUGAGAGCAGAGACGUGAAAACCUGCGGAGAGCUCCCCGCCAGGCUCCAGCCCCUUUCCCUGGAGAUGGCCUCCUUGCUGACUGACUGACUGUGCCAGUCCAGGUGCGCUGAGCCGCAGGAAGACACGUGUUUGCAGUUCAGCAUUCGGCCUCUGUGGGAACCAGAUUUUAGUUAGGAAAUCAGAAAUGCAUGAGGUACGUUAAAUGUGUUAGAAGCCAUGGGAAGCAUAGGGAUCACCUCACGGCGUCACCGUCUCUCCUUCUGCACUGGCUCUUUUGCUGCACUGGGCUUUUUUGCUGUUGGGCAGUAAGAAGACAAGAGUUGAAAGUCAUCUCAACAGAACCACCGCUCCAGAGCUCCAUAGCGAGACCCGAAUGAGGCUGAAAAGCAGAGAAUCUGUUCAAACUCGACUAGGUGCAUAGUUUUUCCUCUUCCUGCUUGAAAGACUGGCAUCGUCAUUUGGGGUUAAGAAGUUGGUCUGAACAGGCAGGAUGGCAGCGGUCAGCAGGUGCUCACCACCAGGUAGCUGUGCCUCCCUUUAGAGCUGUAGGACAAGGAAGGGGGCUUGAAAGCAGCUUUGUGCUCUCUAGGAAGGACACAGGAGGAAUUGAGUCCUGUCCUUGUUUACAGGUGUAAGUAAGAGCUCCCCUAAACUGACCUCCUGCAGACCUCACCCCUGCCAACAGGAACCACCUUGUCAAAAAACACACCUGCAUACCAGUGCCAGCUCCACGGCUUUCUUCCUCUCUCUUGCCUCCAUCUUCACCCCCGGCAUUGCAGACCAGUGUCCGUACGAAGUCUCUGCGCUGCGGGGUGGCGUUACCGCCCUUUUCCCGCAUCUCCUGCACUUCACGGGAAACGUGGCGUGGGCUCAGAGCUGUCUCCCUGGCGGGCUCGCGGGGCUGACUCUGCUCUCUCCUCUGGGAUGGGUAGAGGGGAGAGCGCAGUAACGUGGAGCUGCCCUUCAGCGCACCCUUCUUCCCAGUACGGUCCCUUUCCACGGUGUCUAAGGAGGUUCCGUGUUCGGUACCUUUGUGCCUCGCCUGUCCCACGUUAGCAGCUUUCCCUUUGCACCUCCCAGCCCAAGCAGAGCCCGCUCGAGUGAAAGCACAAGUAACCGAGUCUGGGUCAUGGCAUCUGGUGUUAAUUCCAGGGGUUUUACUUUGAAAACCAGAGAGGAAGAACUCCUGCUUUUGAUGGUCUCGUCGGAAAGCUGCCCUGUGGCUCAAGCGGGCCCCUGGGAUGCUGCAGGCUCGUGUGGCAGGGCAGAAGGAGGGGGAACUGCUGUGCCAAGGACGGAGUGCGGUGUCCCUGUCUAGUGUCUCAGCUCAUUCCCAAGUUUUAGUUCACUGUACAUCGAGACUCGGGAUGUCACUUUUUCUGGUUGCUGUUGGCUGUCAUCCUACGAACCUUUUCACUGACGACUUCCUCCAGGCUGACGUCUGUGAGUGCGUGGGGACUUGCCUGGUUUCAGAAACGCUCUGGCGUGUGGACUCUGCCCUGUGUGCUCGCUAAGCGUCCGCUGAGCGACGUCACCCAGGCUGGAGGGCUCCGUCCUGCCUGACCCCGCGAGCGGGAGGACCUGAACGCUCAGCACAGCUCACCUCUGCAUCCUGCGGGCACGGUGCCCCGGUGAGCCAGCUGCCCAGGUGGGCCCAGUUAAGCUCUAACUCGGCUGCUUUGAUUCAUGGAGGGUUUUUCUGGACCACAAGAUUAAUAUAUAUAUAUAUAUAUAUAUUAGUUUUGGGGGAAGAAAGAGGAGUUUGCUUAUAGAGAGCAGGCGUCUGACAAAUUUCUUUUGCCCUGAACAUGGAAACCUGGUGUGAUCUUCCUUUUUAUAAAGCACUG